UUAUUCUCUUGUUCGAUUUCACAUUUUCAUUUUUCCUCGGAUUUUGUUCUUUUGAUUUUACCGGGAAAAGUCUCCACCUCGUUAUUUCUGAGAUCGAUCGAACUAGUGGUCGGAGAGUUUGCAAAUCUGGAUGUUAAUUGUUUGGUGAAUCCAAGUCCGAGAAAUGAGAAACGUGAACAAUAGCGUCGACACGGUGAACGCCGCCGCUUCCGCCAUCGUCUCCGCCGAGUCUCGAGUACAGCCGUCGUCGGUGCAGAAGAAAAGAUGGGGAAGCUGUUGGAGCUUAUACUGGUGUUUUGGAUCACAAAAGAACAAUAAACGGAUUGGUCAUGCGGUUCUUGUACCCGAACCGGUUUCAUCCGGAUCAGUUCCUGUGGCUCCAGUUCAAAACUCUUCGACAAACUCGACUUCGAUUUUCCUUCCUUUCAUAGCUCCUCCUUCAUCUCCUGCAUCGUUUCUGCAAUCAGGUCCUCCUUCUGUGUCCCAUACUCCUCCUGCUGGUUUACUUUCUUUAACCGUGAACACAUAUUCCCGAAACGAACCGGCUUCAGCUUUUGCUAUUGGACCUUACGCUCACGAAACUCAGCCCGUAACUCCUCCUGUAGACUCUGCUUUCACAACUCGACCAUCCACUGCACCGUUCACUCCACCUCCAGAGUCAGCUCAAAUGGCUUCUACAACACCUUCUUCCCCUGAAGUUCCCUUUGCUCAGUUACUUACUUCUUCUCUUGAACGAGCUCGGAGGAACAGUGGGGGAAUGAAUCAGAAGUUUUCAGCUGCUCACUACGAGUUUCACUCUCAUCAAGUGUUUCCAGGAAGUCCUGGUGGUAAUCUAAUCUCUCCUGGCUCUGUGAUCUCAAACUCUGGCACUUCUUCUCCUUACCCUGGUAAAUGCUCCAUCAUCGAGUUUCGUAUCGGAGAGCCUCCAAAGUUUCUUGGUUUUGAGCACUUCACAGCGCGUAAAUGGGGUUCGAGAUUCGGUUCUGGAUCCAUCACACCUGCUGGUCAAGGUUCAAGGUUGGGUUCAGGUGCUUUGACUCCUGAUGGUGGAGGACUCGGCUCAAAGCUUGCUUCUGGUGCUGUCACACCAAAUGGUGCUGAGAUGGUUUCAAGAAAGGGUUCUGGAAACGUGACGCCACUCGAAAGCAGUCUUUUGGAUUGUCAGAUCUCUGAGGUUGCGUCUUUAGCCAAUUCGGAUCACGGCUCGUCAAGGCAUGAUGAAGCCGUCGCGGUGGUUAGUCACAGAGUUUCUUUCGAGUUGACUGGUGAGGACGUUGCACGUUGCUUCGCAAGCAAGCUAAACCGAGCCGGUUUAGAUGAUUGUUUACAUGAGAAAGCCAAUGGCGAUCACACCGAUACGAACGAGGCGGUUUCGCCUACAAACAGAUGGAGUGGUUCGGUUCCUGGUAGUAAAACGUCGGGAGAAACAGAGAGCGAACAGAGUCUUAAGUUGAGAUCGAUUUCGCUAGGAUCGAGCAAAGAAUUCAAGUUUGAUAACACAAAAGAAGAGAUGAUAGAGAAAACAGCGGUUAGAUCAGAGUGGUGGGCGAAUGAGAAGGUCGCAGGAAAAGGUGAUAACAGUCCAGGAAACAGUUGGAGUUUCUUUCCGGUGUUACGGUCUGGUUUCAGUUGACAAACUGAGAGAUAAGAAAAAGCCUUUCAUCUUCUUCAUAACCCAAAAGAAAAAGCUCUUUUAACAGUGGAAGCAAUUCAGUGAUAGUAUAUGGUAAGAGAUUGGGGUCUAACAACUUAUACAUUAUAUAUACAUAACUAGCUUUGCAUUGUAGGAAUCUAUUGUGUACUGAUAUGAUAUAUUUAUAAUAUUCUUUGGAUCAUUUAAC